GAUUUGAUUGACAGGAUGACACUAGCAGAGAAGGGAAGACAACUUGGAGAUCUCGCUUAUGGGGUCCCUCAGAUAGGGUUACCUCAGUAUGAAUGGUGGUCUGAAGCUCUCCAUGGUGUCUCUAACCAAGGCGGUGGUGUUCACUUUGAUCAAACUGUUCCUUCGGCAACUAACUUCCCAGCUAUCAUUCUAUUGGCAGCAUCUUUCAAUCAGUCCCUUUGGAAGAAUGCAGGCCAGAUUGUUUCAACAGAAGCAAGAGCUAUGUACAAUUUAGGACGUGCAGGUUUGACUUAUUGGAGUCCAACUAUCAAUGUAGUAAGAGACCCUAGAUGGGGAAGAAUCACUGAAACACCAGGUGAAGAUCCUUUUGUCGUUGGUACUUAUGCUGUAAACUAUGUGAGAGGUUUGCAAGAUAUUGAAGGUGAGGAGACUCCCAAGGACUUGAAAUCUAGGCCACUCAAGGUUUCUGCAUGUUGUAAGCACUACACAGCUUAUGAUGUGGAUCAUUGGCAGGGAGCUGAUCGUAUGUCUUUUGAUGCCAAGGUUUCUGAACAAGACAUAGUGGAAACAUUUUCUCGUCCCUUUGAGAUGUGUGUUCGAGAAGGGGAUGCUAGUAGUGUCAUGUGUUCUUAUAAUCGUGUUAAUGGGAUACCUACUUGUGCCGAUCCAAGGCUUCUGAAACAGACCAUAAGAGAUGAAUGGGGUCUGAAUGGGUAUAUUGUCUCAGAUUGUGAUUCAAUUGAGACGCUGGUUGAUAAACAUAAAUGGUUAGGUUUUGGCUAUGAGGAAGCUGUUGCACAAGUGCUAAAAGCAGGACUUGAUUUGGACUGUGGAGUUUCAUACACCAAAAACCUUGAGAGUUCAACAUUGAAUGGCAAAAUUAGAGAAGCAGACAUAGACAAGGCUUUAAACAAUGUCUAUGUUGUGCUUAUGAGGCUUGGUUUCUUUGAUGGCUCCAAUCCUUCCUUGACAUCUCUUGGGAAAGAGAGUAUCUGUUCUAAUGAACAUAUAGAGUUGUCUGCUGAGGGUGCACGGGAAGGAAUUGUCUUGCUUAAGAAUCAAAACUCUACAUUGCCUUUGAACAAUUUGAAUUUCAAGAAUAUUGCAUUGAUAGGACCACAUGCAAAUGCUACAUCCGACAUGCUAGGAACCUACAUAGGUGUUCCAUGUAAGGUGACCUCUCCUUUUGUUGGUUUCUCUGCAUUUGCAAGUGUGACAUAUUCAAUGGGAUGUACUAAUGUUCAAUGCCAAAAUGAUAGCAUGAUAUAUCCAGCCAUGGAAGUUGCUAAGAAUGCAGAUGCUACCAUUAUUGUGGCUGGGUUAAAUACACAGAUUGAGAAUGAGGGUUUGGAUAGAAUGGACUUGAACCUUCCUGGUUAUCAAAAUCAGUUAAUCAAACAAGUUGCUGGAGUUUCCAAAGGUCCAGUAAUUCUUGUUAUCAUGUCUGCUGGUGGUGUUGAUAUUUCUUUUGCUAAGCAAAAUGAUUCCAAAAUAAGUUCCAUAGUUUGGGCCGGUUAUCCUGGUGAGGAAGGUGGUCGUGCCAUCGCCGAAGUUGUCUUUGGAAAAUAUAAUCCUGGAGGAAAGUUACCAAUUACAUGGCAUGAAAAUGGCUACAUUGCCAAUCUGCCCAUGACAUCCAUGCCAUUGAGGCCAGUUGAUGAAUUGGGCUACCCAGGAAGGACUUACAAGUUCUUCAAUGGCUCUACUGUGUAUCCAUUUGGUUAUGGUCUCAGCUACACCCAAUUCAACUAUAAGAUACGCACCGCUCCAAGUCCUCUCCAUAUUACAUUGAACAAGAGCCAGCAUUGCCGUCGCCUCAGCUAUGGCAAUGAUAUGGGCAGACCAUUGUGUGAAGCUGUUCUCAUUGAUGAUUUGAACUGUUCCAGGUUGGAGUUUGGUUUUGAGAUUGAAGUCCAAAAUGUAGGGAAAAUGGAUGGUAGUGAUGUUCUCAUCAUAUACUCAGUUCCUCCGGCCGGCAUUAAAGGUACUCAUUCUAAGCAAGUGAUUGGGUUCCAGAGGGUCUUUGUGCCUGCUGGCCAGAGCAAGAAUUUAAAAUUUGUGUUCAACGCCUGCAAGAGCUUGAUGGUGGUUGAGAAGAGUAGUUACACUUUGCUUCCAUCAGGUGGGCACAUGAUCAUGGUAGGAGAUGGAUCAGCAGCUUCUUUUACUCUUCAAGUUGGUCUCCAUCCAAGUGCUGUAGAGAGGAUCAAGUGAUGCUUUUAGCCUUCUAUUUUUAUGUACUUCGUUUUUUUCAAAUGAGGAAUUUCAAAUUUACCAAUGUUUCCAUAUAGGUGUUGUUAUCAAUUUAAUGGCGAUAAAAGAUUGAGCUGUUUCAUGAAA